AUGAACGGCCCGCUGAUCCCAUGGUCUACUACUUUUUGGCAAAAUUUGUCUAUCCUUGACCUUGGAUCCAUCUCUGUCAUUGUCCCCAAAUCUAUGGCCAAUUCUCUCUUAAACACCAGGACAAUUUCCUAUGCUGGUUGUGUGUCCCAGGUCUUUCUUUUUUUGCUGUUUUGUACAGCUGAUUUUUCAUUCCUCACCAUCAUGGCAUAUGACUGGUACAUUGCCAUCUGCAAGCAACUGCAUUAUGGGAUAAUAAUGGACAGAAGAGCUUGCAUCCAGAUGUCUGCAGGUGCUUGGGAUGCUGGUGCCAUGUACUCUGCAGUGCACACUGGGAACACCUUUAGUCUCCCCUUCUGCCACUCAAAUAUCAUCAACCAGUUCUUCUGUGAAAUACCCCAGCUGCUCAAGCUCUCCUGCUCUGACGCAUACCUCAGGGAGCUGGCAGCUCUUGCCUUCGGUGUCUGUUUAUGUUUAGGCUGUUUUGUUUUCAUCGUUGUGUUAUAUGUUCAGAUCUACACUGCGGUGUGGAGAAUCCCCUCGGAGCAGGGCCAUCAGAAAGCCUUCUCCACCUGGAUUCCUCACCUUAUCGUGGUCUUCCUGUUUCUUUCCACUGGCGGCAUUGCCUACACGAAGCCCAUCUCUGACUCCCCGUCCCCCUUGGAUCUCCUGGCAGCUGUUCUGUAUUCUGUGGUGCCUCCA